AUUGUUUUCUGAUUAAGAAUUUAAUUAUGUCUGUUGAAGAUUUUAAUAAAAAUCCAUCAGCAGAAUUUCUGGAUCUGUGUUCUAGAGAACAAUUGGUAAAAAUUGCUGAGCACUUUAAAAUAAGUGUUGGUGAUAAGCGGUUGAAAGAAAAUGUUAAAGCAAUUUUAAGGGAAAACUUAAUUGAAAUGGGCGUUUUGUCUUUGCCUUCAAUGCCUGAAGAUUUGGAUUUAAAGGUUGUAAAGCCUAAAUUUUUGGCUUUUGAACAACAAAAAGAGAUGUUAAGGUUAAGAAUGCAACUGGAGAAGGAAAAGGAGUUUGCUUUGGAGACUUUACGACAGCAAGCGGAUUUGGAAAAAGUUCUUGCUUUGGAAAAACUAAGACAGGAAACUGAAUUGGCAAGAAUACAUUUAGAAAGUGAGAAAUUAAAUCUGAUGAAAGACGGCAAAUUGUUUGCGGAAUCUUGUGUUAUGGACUCAAAUUGUAAGGCCUCUGACAUUUUAAGUGACUUGCGUUUGGUGCCUACGUUUAGUGAAAAGGAUGUUGAAACCUUUUUCACUUUGUUUGAAAGGGUUGCAGAGACAAGAGACUGGUCUGAUUCAGACCGCAUAGUUUUGCUUCAGUGUGUUUUGGUUGGUCGUCCUCAGGAAGCUUUUUCUAUGUUGAGUUUAGAUGAUGGCCAGGAUUAUGCCAAGGUUAAAGCUACAAUACUGAAAGCGUAUGAAUUAGUCCCUGAAGAAUACAGGCAGAAGUUUAGAAACUGGAAAAAAGGUGACAAAACUUAUGUAGAGUUUGCAAGGGAUUUGGAGAUUCAUUUCAAUCAUUGGUGCACUUCCUCUGAGGUUAGAACACUUGGUGAUCUCUGUAAUUUAAUGAUUCUUGAACAAUUUAAGAACUCUGUUUCUCAAUGCAUUGCAGUGUACAUUAAUGAACAGAAGGUAAAAACUGUAUCAGAAGCUGCAGUUUUGGCUGAUGAUUUUGUCUUGACACAUAAAGAUACUGGUGGAGAGCACACAGAUGGGAUGAGUGCUCCAAACUGGCGUUCAACACGUUCUGGAGGCUUUUUUUUCAGACCACAGUAACCGUGAUCUGGACAAAAUUUGUAAUUAUUGUCACAGAAAGGGUCAUUGGAAGAAAGACUGUGCUUUGUUGAAAUCUAGAAAUAAAAAUGGAAGUCCGGUUAAAC